AUGACGGAUCUUGCAUGGAAGCAUGCCAAGCAAAGCGUGUUUAGGAGAAGUGAUGGAACCAGCUUCAAGGAGGAUCUCACCACCAGUGACAAAGCAGCAAGGGGUCAUCUGUGGCCAGGGGUGGAGAAGACGGCAGUUUGCAAGAAUUUCUCCAUACGUCAGUCAGAAAGCUCCUCUCCCAUCUUUCUUUACAUCUGUGCCUUGGAGAGCCUUUGCUUUUUUUGCUGUACAGGUCGUUUGAGCAGCCACACCGACAGAGAGCGCUGCAGCCAGGUUCCCCUGGACGCCGUCGCCUCAGACGGUCUGGGGAGAGGCAUCGCCUUCAGAGGUGAUUACUUCUUGCGUGAGGAUGAAGGGAAGAGCUGGCAUGCAUUUCCUACUGCAGAGUUCUUCAAGGAGGUGAAGAGUGACGUGGACGCUGCUUUCUCUCAUGCAGGCCUACUUUACAUCCUUAAGAAUGACCAAGUAUUUGCCUAUAAGUCGGGUGAGCGGUAUGACCUUGUAGAGGGCUACCCCAAAUCCCUGCAGGAGGAGCUGGGCAUUGAGGGACCACUGGAUGCUGCCUUUCACUGUGAAGGAUCCCCUGUCCUGUUUGCGGUCAAAGACGGGCAGCUUUUUGUGAUUGAGCUUGGCACACCAAAGGUCGUGAUGGUGCAGUACGUGUUGCCUUUCCCCAAAGUUGACGCAGGCAUGUGUGGCCCCAGUGGCGUCAAUUUGUUUGCAGGAGCAGAGAUCUUCAUGUAUCAGGCCCAGAUUUGGUUGAUCAGCAGAAACCCACCAGAGCCACACAAGCUAUCACUGGAAAUGUUUGGCUGUGACCACUAGGAGGCAGUAUGCCCACAGUAGGGGGAACCAGCCUACUUG